CCGCUUCUGAAAAUUACAAAACACAUUAUCACAAAGUUCGGCAAAAUCUCCUGUUAGCUGUUACAAAAUGGACGGAUCGGAGAUAUUUUGUUCAAAAUUUGGCAAAACGUAGUAAAUGAUUAAAGGACUUUUUUUCGCUUUUCAUCUACUCCUUUGACAUUGCAAUUUAUCGUCACUAAGAAUUUGCAGCUAUCGGAUACAACAUAUAUUCAGUGUUAAAUACAGUAUUCGAAAAGAGGCAAACCAGAUCAUGUCCCAUUCGAAGUACGCGUCUACACCACAAACAACAAACUUAGCAAGGAUCUCCCGACUGAUUCUGGGACCCUGUGCUGACGUCAUGAGGGACGUGCUUAUCAAAGAAGUACCAGCAACUGACCUGUCUAAAGCCGUUAAAACUUGGUUAAAGACACAGAAGAGGAACCCGCUCUUUAAUUCACAAACCGAUUUAAUUUUCCCAUCGCCUUCAAAUAUCUACACUGGUGAUUAUUCCGAUAUGGAUAUAUCCUUGCUUUAUAUCCUCCUGCGUAAUGUGACUACACUAAAAGCACACAGUAAAGGUUGGGGCAAUGAUCCUGACCCUACAGACAGAAGUGUAUCAGCAAAUAUUGAGCGUCUCAGACUGAUCAGAAACAAAUAUUAUGGACAUGCCGUACAAAUAAGCUUACCUGAUUCAGAUUUUCAAAGUGAAUUUUCCAAUAUCCGCAAAAUUGUCGAAGAAGUUGAUAAUUAUUUUGGAGUUUGCAAACAUCAGCAAUCAGUAGACUUUAUCAAGACAGAAAAAAUGGACCCGGAACAAGAAAUGAAAUGGAUCAAACAGCUUACAAUAUUAGAGUCACUGGUCUCAGAUGUAGAAGAAAACACCAGAGAAAUACGGGAACUGAAAGAUAAAAUAGAAAACAGAGGGUUUGAGAAUUUUGAAAUGCAUAUCAGAGCAAAGAUGGAUACAACAAGAGCUGCUUUAGAAAAUCAAGAGCUAAAAAUAAAGGAUGUAUUUGUUGAAACACGCGCAAUUCAGAGAGUAUUAGAACUUUUAGAGUCGAAUAGGUAUGUCCUUGUUAAAGGUAACCCGGGAUCCGGGAAAACCACGAUUGCUAUGUAUGUCUUAACAGAAUUACAGAAGAAAGGAAUGUUCCCUCUUCAGGUGUUCACUGUUGAAGAAUUGUAUGGAUCCGUGUCACCGUCUUCAAAUGUCGCUUUAUUUUUAGAUAAUUUAUUUGGGGAGUUUUCAGUUUCAAAUGAGAUUGACAAUUUUAAAGCCAAGUUACAUUUGAUUAAAGCAAUAUGGAAUAAUGAGAACAGUAAGGGGAAUGUUUUAAUUCUAACAAUCAGAAAUGAUAUUUGCAAAGAAGCAGCUGAUAAAAUAAAUGAAGAGUUAUUUUUAAGCAAUUCUUCAGUUGACUUAUCUAAUGGGAAUUUUCAAAUGCAAAGUUCAGAAAUAGUAGAAAUGUUUAAAAAGUACGGUCUUGAUAAAUUGUUAACAUCAAAUACAAUGCUGGAUGUAAUUAAACUUGGAAAUUCACUUGGAAUCCCGCAAUGCUGUAGCCUCUUGAAAAAUAAUCCAAUAUUUUCCGAAGACGCUAAAGCUUUCUUAAAGGAUCCAAUUGUAAGCUUGCAGAAGUAUAUCAAACAAAGGCUGGAUAGGAAAGAAAGCAAAAUGGCAGUUUUAAUCUACAUUCUUCUCUGUGGAGGGAGUGUGGAAGAAAGUGUACUGAAAACACCUUUACAAGACAGAGCGAGGAAAAAACAAGCACUGAAAAUGUUAGGAACCACAAAGUCAUCUUUAAGGAAUUUUCAAAGUUCUAUCUUUCAUUACUACCAUUUUUUGAUGGCUUAUGACGACAUUGAAAAAAAAUAUAAAUUUAGUCAUAGCUCAAUACAAGAUAGUUUAUUUAAAUGUCUCGUCAUUUAUUACCCAAAGGAAAUUAUCAAGAGUUGUGAUUUUACCCUUCUAGAAAGGGUAACGACCUCUAAGAAACUGUAUUGGAAUUCUGUAGUUAUCGUCGAAGAUAUUUUCCAAGUUUUAAUUAAACGAUUGCUAGAAAUUCUGCAGGAAAGAUCAGUAGCAGCAUUUCAAACAAUUUCUCGUCUUCACAUAUGGGAGGACGAGAAAUUUUUUUGUAAAAGUGUAAAUAAUCAAAGUUUUUUGAAUGGGCUAAAAGAAAAUACUGAUAGUCGUGGGCAAACAAUGUUGGUUCAUUUUUGUGUAUCUGGUAACAUUAGAUGGGUUAAUUAUCUGUUGUCUUCAGCUUCAGAAGAACAAAGAUAUUUGUCUUUAAAUGAAGCAUGUGCACACAACCAAAUGGAAAUUAUUGAUUUGCUACUAUUAACUAAUGUGAGGUAUAAUUUAAAAACUUGUUUUUACGCUGUGCAAAGUGGUAAUUUAGAUUUACUCUAUCGCUUCACUGAUAAUGUUGACCUGAAAGAAAGAACUUUAACAAAUAAUUUUCACUGUAAUAACAUAGAAUGCGGUCUACUACACGAAAUUUGCUUUUUUGGGCAGAAUCACCUCAUUAAGCCAGUUCUAACACGCUACCCACAACUAAUUGACGUUCGAAACAAUCAAGGUGGAAACGCUCUACAUUUCGUUGCUUAUGCAGGAGGCGAAACAAUCUUUAAAAAAUUAGUUCAAAGUGGAUGUGACCCUUAUAAAACAUCAUAUACUGGUUCGACUGUUCUCAGCUAUGCUUGUCAAAAUGGAAAACUAGACAUGGUUAGGUAUAUCUGUGAAAAAUAUCCAGAUUUGCUUUCUCCAGAUUAUUAUGACAAAACAGGUAUGUCCCCAUUACACUGGUCGGCUCAAUCAGGAAAUAUAGAAUUGUAUGAAUACUUGAUAGAAAAAUGUGUAAAGCAAACAUAUCCUGACGGUAGAAGUACACCAUUACAUGAAGCUUGUAAGUUUGGAAGACUAAAUAUGUGUAAAUAUUUGGUCAAUACUUAUCCUCAUUUACUAAACAUCAAAGACAAUAAUGGAGAAAAUGCCUUACAUGCUGCAGCCUGUGGAGGUAAUAUUGUUCUAUUCAAUUUUCUGUUGGGAAAAGGCUUGGAUAUCAAAACAAAAACAGAUGAUGGGAAAAAUGUGCUUUAUAAAUGUUGUAUGAAUGGAAAACUAGAUAUGUGUAAAUAUUUAGUCAACACUUAUCCUCAAUUACUCGAUGUCACAGACAAUAGUGGGGGUAAUGUCUUACAUGAUGCAGCCUAUGGAGGUAACAUUGAAUUAUUCAAAUUAUUGUUGGAAAAAGGAUUUGAUAUUGAAACCACAAGAAACGAUGGGCAAACUGUACUUCACCUAUCCUGUAUGAACGGAAAACUUGACAUGAGUAAUUACUUGGUCAAUACUUAUCCUCAUUUACUGUUUGUCAAAGACAAUAAUGGAGAGAAUGCCUUACAUGCUGCAGCCUGGGGUAGUAAUAUUGAUUUACUCAAAUUUCUGGCGGGAAAAGGCCUCAAUAUCAAAGCCAAAAGAUAUGAUGGGAAAACCGUGCUUCACUUAUGCUGUAUGAACGGAACACUAGAUAUGUGUAAGUACUUGGUAAAUACUUAUUCUCAUCUACUAGAUGUCAAAGAUGAUAAAGGAGAGAAUGCCUUACAUACUGCAGUCUAUGGUGGUAACAUUGAUUUAAUUAAAUUUCUUUUGGAAAAAGGCUUCAAUACCGAAUCAACAAGAAAUGAUGGAAAAACGUUGCUUCACCUAUGCUGUAUGAACGUAAAACUAGACAUGUGUAAUUUCCUGAUAAAUACUUAUCCUCAUUUACUUAAUGUUAAGGACAAUAUUGGAGAGAAUGCCUUACAUGAUGCAGCGUGGGGAGGUAACAUUAAUUUACUCAAAUUUAUUUUGGAAAAAGGCCUUGAUAUCGAAACCAAAAGAAAUGAUGGGAAAACUGUGCUUCAUUUAUGCUGUAUGAACGGAAAACUAGACAUGUGUAAUUUCUUGGUCAGUAAGUAUCCUCAUUUACUAGAAGUCAAAGACAAUAACGGAGGAAAUGCCUUACAUGCUGCAGCCUUGGGAGGUAACAUUUAUUUACUGAAAUUUCUAUUAGUAAAGGGUUAUGAUAUCAAAUCCAUAAGGACUGAUGGGAAAACUUUGCUUCACCUAUGCUGUAUGAAUGGAAACAUAGACAUGAGUAAUUUCUUGGUCAAUACUUAUCCUCAUUUACUAGAUGUCAAAGACAUUAACGGGAGAAAUGCUUUACAUUGUGCUGCUUGGGGAGGUAAUAUUGAAUUGUUUAAAUUAUUAUUGGAAAAAGGGUUCGAUAUUGAAACCAAAAGAAAUGAUGGGAAAACUGUGCUUCACUUAUGUUGCAUGAAAGGAAAGCUAGACAUGUGUAAUUACUUGGUCAAUUCUUAUCCACAUUUACUUAAUGUCAAGGAUAAUAAUGGAGAGAAUGCAUUACAUGCCGCAGCUUGGGGAGGUAACAUUGAAUUACUCAACUUUCUGUUGGUAAGAGGCUUUGAUAUUGAAAACGAAACUAAUGACGGGAAAACUGUGCUUCACAGAUGUUGUAAGAACGGAAAAUUAGAAAUGUGUAAUUUUUUGGUUAAAACAUAUCCCCACUUACUUGAUGUCAAAGACAAUAAUGGUUCUAAUGCCUUACAUUGUGCAGCCUGGGAUGGUAACAUUGAUUUACUCAAAUUUCUGUUGGAAAAAGGCUUCAAUAUCGAGUCAACAAGAAAUGAUGGGAAAACGGUGCUUCACCUAUGUUGUAUGAACGGAAAAAUAGACAUGUGUAUUUUCCUUUUAAAUACUUAUCCUCAUUUACUAGAUGUCAAAGACAAUCAUGGAGAAAAUGUCUUACAUGAUGCAGCGUGGGGAGGUAACAUUGACUUACUCAAAUUUCUGUUGGAAAAAGGCCUUGAUAUCGAAACCAAAAGAAAUGAUGGGAAAACUGUACUUCACCUAUGUUGUAUGAAUGGAAAAGAAAACAUGUAUUAUUUCUUGGUUUAUAGUUAUCCUCAUUUACAAGACGUCAAAGACGAUAAAGGAGGGAAUGCCUUACAUGAUGCAGCCUGGGGUGGAAACAUUAAUUUACUCAAAUUUCUGUUGGAAAAAGGCUUCAAUAUCGAUACCAAAAAAAAUGAUGGGAAAACUGUGCUUCAUUCUUGCUGUAUGAAUGGAAAACUGCACAUGUGUAUUUUCUUGGUCAAUACUUAUCCUCAUUUACUAAAUGUCAAGGACAAUAUUGGAGAGAAUGCCUUACAUGAUGCAGCCUUGGGAGGUAACAUUGAUUUGUUCAACUUUCUGUUGGAAAAAGGUCUUGAUAUCGAAAACAAAAGAAAUGAUGGAAAAUCUGUGCUUCUUUUAUGCUGUAUUACCGGAAACUUGGCCAUGAGUAAUUUCUUGGUCAAUACCUAUCCUCAUUUACUAAACAUCACUGACAAUAUUGGAGAGAAUGCCUUACAUGCUGCAGCCUGUGGAGGUAACAUUGAUUUAUUCAAUUUUCUGUUGGAAAAAGGCUUGGACAUUGAAUCCACAAGAAAUGAUGAGAAAACUGUACUUCACCUAUGCUGUAUGAACGGAAAACUAGACAUGAGUAAUUUCUUGGUCAAUACUUAUCCUCAUUUACUAGAUGUCAAGGACAAUAAUGGAUUGAAUGCCUUACAUACUGCAGCCUGGGGAGGUAACAUUGAUUUAUUCAAAUUUCUAAUUCAAAUAGAUUUUGAUAUCAAAACCAAGGGAAAUGAUGGAAAAACUGUGCUUCAUUUAUGCUGUAUGAACGGAAAACUAGAUAUGUGUAAAUACUUGGUCAAUACUUAUCCUCAUUUACUUGAUGUCAAAGACAAUAACGGAGAGAAUGCUUUACAUACUGCAGCCUUGGGUCGUUACAUUGAUGUACUCAAAUUUUUGUCGGGGAAAGGCUUAAAAAAGACAAGAAGGAGAAGUGAUGGGGAAACUGAAUGCAACUUGUGUUGUAUGAUUUGAAACUAGAAAACAUUAAAUAUUUGUAGAUCUUUUUUUUUUAUUUUGCCACUGGUUUUCAAAACUCUGCAUUUAUUGUUUAUUCAACUUUCCUAGCUUAGCUGAUUUUCUAUACACAAUUUGUUUCAAGUCCAACGAGGAAAAAAGAAAGGAAUUCUUCAUUCCACAUGAUAAUUAAACAAAAACAUGUCAUGAUUGAUAUCAUAAUUUUUUUUAGAACUAUCCUCUUUUUAUGUUUCACAUUUUAUUCUUAACCAUUUAAACAUUGAUAAUGAUGAUCCAUAAGUUAGACGUUGUGUUGUUUACAAUAUGUGGUAAAAGGGUUUUGUUUGGCGGAAGUUCUUUUUAUACAAAGACUACACUUCAUGAUCUUGACGUAUACAUGCAUGUAGUAAUAUUUAAAAUUAAAUUUCUUUCUUUAUACCAAAACAUGACUGUCAUUUAAUCUGAUACAUUAUACCUGCUUUUUAAGCAAUAAUAUGAUCUUAAACAUUUAUUUGAUAUUGUUAUUGAAUUCAAAUCAAAUUCAAAAUAAUAUACAAAUUAUUACAAGUGAAAAAUAACAUGAAAAUCUUGGAUUUGCAUAUUUACAGUCUUUCAAAAUUUACUUAAUGAUGUUUCCCCUAAGCUUUGUUAAGUACCAUAUAUAAUUAUAUUCUAGGGAUACCAAUUUGUAACCGGUUAAUCGAGUAAUCAGUCGGAACAAUGGUAAUUGAUUAGAAAAUCCGUGAUCGGUUAAUCGGAAAGAAUAAAGUAUAUUCAAACUUGAAUGCAAUUGUCUUAAACUUUAUAAUUAGAAAGGAAACUUCUACGUACGAAAAAAUCAUUUACGGUUUUUACACAUCUUAUAAGAUUAGUGUCCUACAAUUAUGGCUCUCCGGAUUGAAAUCGCAGGGUAAUUAGUCGGUUUGUAAAGAGUUUAUUAUUACUUAUUUUAAAAGCAACAAAUUGUUUAAUCCGACUGCCCUGAACAUUGUUGUAGUUCUUUAAUAUGAAAUAAAACAACGUAUCAAUAUGUAUUUUUUAUUUCAAAAAACUUUGUAAAAGAAAUACACGAACACAUAAUGCACAUGUAGGAAAGGGAACAUACAAAUAUCCGUAUGAUAAUAGAUAGGAGUGUGCCGUAAACAGUACCACUUAUAUCGCAUGUAUCAGCUAUGUGUCAUUUGACAGGUAUAAAAAUAGAAUUCUUAAGAUAAAUUUCAAAAAAAGAUGCCAGUGCAAGGGCGUACAUGUACUCUUGUUUUUUGAAUGAAAAAAAAUGAUACACAUAAAGAAAAGUUUACAUCCUCUACUCGAAAACUGCUGGGUAUUGUUUCUGCUGUUUGUAAAGAAUUGGUAAUUUUGCAGUACAGUAGUCUUUGUAUAUCUUUGUACUUUUGUUGUAAAUUUAGAAAACACUUAUCGUUCUAAAGAUAUUCUUUAGAUUCCUUGUCAAAGCAUGCAUGUUGCACAUCUUUAGAGUCUAGAUAAAUUCAAAAUAUUUAUAUCUGAUUAAUUAUUUUUAUUAGUUUGAAUGUUUUAAAUAGCAAAAAUGGCAAUGGUUUUAUAUUUAUUUUGCAUUUUUGUUUAACCUCUGGAUUACUUGUACUGCGUCAUGUCAAGGUUGGUGAUGUCAUUUAUGACGAGAAAUUUUCUUCCUUUACUCGGCAAUAUUGUUAUCAAGACUAGUGUUGUUAUGCUAAAUAAUUGUAUGAGUAAUUGGUAAAAUCAAUGAAUUUGUUGUUAUUUACGCAUCAUCAUGUGCCUAAUUUGAUUUUUCUCAUUCCUUUAAUUUUUCUUGAUGUCCCAAUGAAAAUUUCCAUACGGUGCACCAUGUUUGUGAACUCGGGCCCUCCUUAUUAAGAUUAAUGAAGCCGAUAUCUUAGUAUUGUAAUUAAGUGUAUACAGAUUUUAAUUGACAAGUUUUUUUUACAUAAAUGAAAAUAAUAUGUAGAUAUUCUAUUGUGCAACCAUUUAGAGAGUUAUGCAGAAAUUGUAUUUAUACAGAAAGGGUGAUAACUUAUUUUGUAUUAAGUUAAUUUCAACGAAUACGAAUGGAAUAUAUAUAUAUUUCAAAAUGAAAAUUUUAUUAUUUUCUGGAAUGGGGAAAUACUAUGAUAUUUGAUAUA